AUGAUGAUAAGGCCGAGUGCCGGGUUAAAUGAUAUACCCGGCGUCGGGCUUGGAGCAGAUCUACCAAAAAAUAUGUGUUUUCAUUAUCUAUCUAUCUAUCUAUCUAUGACAGGAUUUCCAUUAUCUAUCUAUCUAUCUAUCUAUCUAUCUAUCUAUCUAUCUAUCUAUCUAUCUAUGACAGGAUUUCCAUUAUCUAUCUAUCUAUCUAUCUAUCUAUCUAUCUAUCUAUCUAUGACAGGAUUUUCAUUAUCUAUCUAUCUAUCUAUCUAUCUAUCUAUCUAUGACAGGAUUUUCAUUAUCUAUCUAUCUAUCUAUGACAGGAUUUUCAUUAUCUAUCUAUCUAUCUAUUCCUUGCUUUGUCUAUUUUCUUUAGUCUUUUCAUCACUCUUUCUUCUUUUAUUGACCAUUCUUUCAUUUUUGUUUCUCUAUUAUCAUUCCUUCCGGCCCCCUAUAACAAACUGUACCUGUUGGUUCCAUGAACAUUCGCCACUUUUCAUCACUCUUUCUUCUUUUAUUGACCAUUCUUUCAUUUUUGUUUCUCUAUUGUCAUUCAUUCCGACAUCUUUUAACAAGCUGUCCCUGCGAGUUUUCCGACGGCAAAAAUGUUUACGGCGAAUAUUCCGGAUACGGUACCUGUUAUUAACCAAAAAAAUCUUUCUCCGAAACCUAUGUGUUUCUUCAUUUUCCUCUUUCUUUUCUUUUCUCCACUUUUCACUUCUUCCGUCAUGUAUUUGUAAUCAUUCGCCAAUUUACUUUUUCUUCCUUUUUUCCUCUGCUUUUUUCUCUUUCCCAACUUAUUUUCCUGAUUGCAUUUUCUUCCCCUUUCCUUUUUCUUUUUCUUUUUCUUUACUCCUCACUUUCUUCGUCUCGUCUUCCCAUUUCCUCCCCCCUCUCUUCCUUUCCAACUCCUUUUCUCUUUCUUUCUUUUUUUCUUUUCCUCCUUGCCUUUCCUUCCUUUCUCCUUUUCAUAUUUUUUCUUUUUUUUUUUCUCUCUCAGAUUCCAUUUCUUUCUUGCCCGUUCUUUCAUUUCUUACUAUUUUCUUUUGUUUCCUCCCCCCUGUCUCUUUUUCCUUCUUGCCUUUUCUCCGCCUUACUCGUCUUCUUUCUCUUCUUCCGCUUUUCCUCCUUUUUUUUUUUUUUUAUCUCCUUCUUCUUUACCUUUUUUCUUACUAUUUCUCCUUCGAUUUCUCUCAUUCAUUUCCAAUUUCCCCCUCUUUAUUUUCUUCUUUAUUUUCUAUCACUUUUUCCUUUCUUUUUCCCUUUGUUUUGCUUCCUAUUUUCUUUCUUUCUCUUCUUCAUUUCUCUUCCCUAAUUCUUCCUCAUUCUCCUUUUCGUUUUUUCCUCUUUAUCAACGGCUACUCUUUUCCUUUCUUUCUUUUAUAUUUCCACUGCUUAUUUCCCCACUCCAAUUUUCCUUCUUUCUUUCUUUCUUUCUUUCUUUCUUUCUUUCUUUCUUUCUUUCUUUCUUUCUUUCUUUCUUCUUCUCCUACACAAUUCCUUUCUUUCUAUCUUCCUUUCUUUCUUUCUUUCUUUCUUUUUUCUUUCUUUCUUUCUUUCUUUCUUUCUUUCUUUCUUCUUCGUAACGUUCCUAUCAUUAUUUUAACAAUAGUCCUACACAAUUCCUUUCUUUCUUUCUUUCUUUCUUUCUUUCUUUCUUUCUUUCUUUCUUUCUUUUCUUUCUUUCUUUCUUUCUUUCUUUCUUUCUUUCCUUUCUUUCUUUCUUCUUCGUAA